AUGGCAGAGCAAACGGAAAGAGCGUUCCAGAAACAGCCUACUGUAUUUUUGAAUAAUAAAUUGCGAACCUUAGGGAUUGGUAAGAAAUCGAAGAAGGAUGUACGUUAUGUUCGAAACGUUGGAUUGGGCUUCAAAACACCACGUGAGGUGAGUACUACGACGACUUUGGGUAUCUUACUUUUGGCCAUAACCGGGACAUAUAUUGAUAAAAAAUGUCCAUUCACUGGGAAUGUUUCGAUUCGUGGACGUAUAUUGACUGGUGUGGUUGUGAAAAUGAAGAUGCAAAGGACAAUAGUAAUUCGACGAGAUUAUUUGCAUUUCAUUAAAAAGUACCGUCGAUAUGAGAAACGUCAUCGUAAUAUGUCUGUUCAUUGCUCACCAGCCUUCAGAGAUAUAGCAGUAGGAGAUAUUGUAACAGUUGGUGAAUGUCGUCCAUUGUCGAAAACCGUGCGAUACAAUGUGUUGAAAGUUUUGAAGGCAUCAGGAGCUAAAAAAUCUUUCGACAAAUUCUGA